CUUCCCAGUGGCCUGCGGACGCCAUUGGUCACCACCAGCGACUCUGUGGUCGAGCAGGUUUCACGUUCCCAGCAGGAAGAACACAGAUCAUAUCUUUUAAUCGAUUACUCUGUGCUCGUCAGAUGUUCUUAUUCUGACCCUCAGCUGACAGAAAAAUCGUCCCGAACAGAUUCGCAGGAAUCAUGGGGAGCGUGUUCCUGCCGGCGGACACAGCCCACUCCGUGCUGCGGCGGCUGCGCAGGGCCAACUUCAUGCUGGAGGAGAUGAAGCAGGGCGACAUCCAGAGGGAGUGCCGCGAGGAGAUCUGCACCUAUGAGGAGGCCCGCGAAGCCUUCGAGAACGACGAGAAGACGAGACGGUUUUGGGAGGAAUACGUGCGUGAGAGCAGUCCGUCCGGAGGGCUGGAGACGGUGGUCGGUGGAGUCCACUCUCUCUACCUGAUUGUGCCGCUGAUGCUCGUUGUGUUUGUCAUCGCCGCCGUCGCCAUCACCGUGUGGCGCUGCCACUCCCGCAAGCGCUCGCAGCGCAGCCCCAGCCUGGGACACUCGCAUCACGACCACGUCCUGUCCGUGGUCUCGAUGGACCAUUGGGGGAGGGAUUACCACCAUGGUGACCAGUCAGAACUCAGUAUCCACAGCAGCCCAGCUUAUCCAGGCUCAGAGAUCACAUCGGGGAGAGGAAGUGCCGGAGAUCCGCCGCCAUCCUAUGAGGAGGCUGUUGGCCACACAGACGUCCAGAUAGAGACGGAGCCCCCCCCACAGUACGAGGACAUCGUCACCAACAGCGCUUCUAGUGUCAACGGCCGUGGGAAGUAGACCUGCCUUUCACUACCACCCCAACAGAAGCCCUAACCUACACUAAGACUCUUAUCCUCUAGCAAUGCCAGUGUUGUGGCAUCACCAGCCUUUCCCAUUCUACACAAACAGAGAACACUAAUGGUCAAUGGAUUAAUGCAAUCUUUGCCAGAGCUGCUGCAGUUUGCACUAACCUUUAUUCAGUGAGGUGAAGUGAUGGCAGGACGGAUCGGGUGAGACUGCAAUACCAAAACCUGGAGUGAAGAUCCUGAAGUUGUAUCUAUGCUGUCACACUCUAGUAAAUUAAUUUAAAUCUACAAACAUAACAAAUGUUGCAUCUAGCGUGAAGGGGAAAACAGUGAUAAUUGCCAUAAUGAAGGAGCUGUUCUCAGUGUACAAAGGGAUUGGGCCGAUGCUUUAUUGAAGAUUAGUGCCAAUUAACAGAUGUUUUUAAUGUUUAAAUUUGACCAAUUUGUUGUCAAAACAAGUACUGACUGUUUCCUCUUGCAGUUGUUUAUAUUGCAAAAUUGUACUUUGCAAGAUCCAGAACCAGCUUUUAAUCUACACAUCAAUUUCAGUGAAACCCACACUAAUUUAGAUUUUUGUCCAGUAGGGGCAGAAAAAAAACAAAUUCAAUCAACCUCAUGAACAAAAUGUCUUUACACCUCCUUAUUUUUCCCACAUCCCGCCAUCUAAAGAAAAGGACUGUUAUCUUACCAUCUAAUACAGAACAUCCCAGACAGUGUUUUCACAAGAUAAUCACUGUAAAUUGUUUAAUUUCGUGGUUAUCUGCAAUAUUAUUUUUGGGAUUUAGACUAGAUUCUAAAUUGGAUAAUAAUUUUGUGAAUUACAUGCUCUAUUAAUAAUCGUGAAAUGAGAAAUUAGUAUUGUCCCAUUAUGCUACACCUGCCGCUCUGGCAGAGAGUUUGGAUAUCGUGAUUCUGUUGUCCUGUAUCGUGAUAUCAAGUUGUUUGAUUCGGUUUCAGGAUCAUUCCCCCCCUAACUAAGUCCCAACUUUUCCGCAAAUUUGCUCAAGAACCGGAACAGUUCAGCUAAAGUUGCACAACUCGUGAUCGCUCCACAUUACUGUCUUUAAUUUGAUCCAUUGAAACAAUAAAUAUCACACAAGGUUAAAACCAUCAAGUUGCCAAACUAAUGAAUUGGCCCAACCUCCUUUUACACUUGGGAAUGUUUUUGAGUUCAAAGCAAGGCCAUCGGUUGUCAGGGGGGUGCUUGAAUACAUUUUGUGAAUGUGUGUCAUGUGUGCGUUUCUUUUUGUCAUGCAUGCAGCUGGAUCUGUACUCCUGAGGUUGGAUCAGGCUCUGCACAGCUUGUUGUGAUCUCUUGUUCAUGUUUGUGCUGCUGACAGUUGCUCAGAGGCUGCUUUAACUGUGAAAUAUGUCCCCCCCCCCCCCCCACACACCUGUUCCCCUCAAGCAGUUGUAACUGUGUUGGAUAUGGCUAUGUUGUCUUUUGCUAAACGUAAAGUGAAGAUUCUACAAGUAGAUUUGCAGCUAAAUGGUUAAUGGAAGUUUUGAAGUGACUUGCACAGGAAUUUGGGACAGGCCGCAAUAGAGACCGGCUCUAGGGUUUUCAGUUAUCAGAGGAGUGAGGCUAUUUAAUGUCACUAUGGACAGAGUCCAUGUUUAGCAUGUGUACUGUAUCUGUAUAUGUAUAUUCUGUGUGUGCAAGUAAGUUACAGUGAGAUUGUUGUACUCGACUGGAAAGCAGUGAGAGCGAAACCAAUGGAAGGAUUAAACACUCGGCUGUGAGUAAAGGAGGCACUUUGUGUUCAAGCUCAAAAUGAGCUGCUGACUGAAACUGGGACAGCCAGACGAGCUCAGCGUGACUCUCAGCAAUAAACAGGUCCCUGUAAUCCUCUGGAAAACAAGUGCUCCUGAUCUAUAUGCAAUGCUGCUGCAUAAAAACCAAAUAUAUCUGACUUCCACCUGAUACUGACGACUGUCACAUUUCCUUUUCUGCACCUCACACACUUUGAGCACUGGUGGUUGUUAUUUUACUUAUUUUGUGAGUUGACCUUUGAACCUCAGCACUUGCUAUGACGUUGCUAUUUUAAGGUUGUGCUGGUAGAGGGUAGCCAUUUUGGUAAGGUCAGUUGUACUAUUACUUACAGAGCACUGUUUUUUUUACAAUGCCUUAUCAAACAAACAAAAUAUUGUAUAACAUGAAGUGCAAGGGAACUUGUUAUAAAUCCUUUAUCUGCAAAAGCUUGAAUUAAUUUGUAAUAAAACAUUUAAAAAUA